AUGUCCUGCAGCCAGCCGCUCCACCAUCCCCAUCGCCGGAAAUUGGAUCCAUCUCCCACGUUAUCUACUGCACCCUUAACGCCGAUCAUGGAUCCAAUGGCCCAGUCUCUGAAGCCAACCAGUCUCUCCAUGUCUCCGCUCCUUCUCGCGUCGGACGACGAGGUCGAGACGGAAAAAGCAAUUGCGUCGUUGGCGCCCAUGCUUGAGUCGUUUGCACCCAAAACCAGCGCCGAAGAGUCCAAAGAUGGCAUCGCAUCGAGCAUCGGUGCAUCGGGCUCAUCGCCUCGCCGCAGCUCAUUGACGGCCAUCAAUGAAUCGUCGACGCUUUUGACGCUGGACAAUCUCUCGCAGAUCAAUGCCAGCUCCGGGGCCGAGGUGUUGAAAAACUACUCCAGGGCCAACUCGAUCCUGUCGUGGGAGGCGGCCAUGCCAAAACUCAACAAGUCGGUGUCCAAUCUGCUGUCGACGUCGAAAAUUUCCAUGUCCGGCACCACUCCGGCCACCGCUGUGCAGAAAAUCGGCAAGAUUGGUGUUUGUGCCAUGGAUGCCAAGGUCAUGUCCAAGCCAUGCCGUCGUAUAUUGAGUCGGUUGAUUGAAAACGGAGAGUUCGAAACCAUCAUUUUCGGUGACAAGGUCAUUCUCGAUGAAGCCAUCGAAAACUGGCCCACUUGUGACUUCUUGAUCAGUUUCUUCAGUGCUGGCUUUCCUCUCGAUAAGGCCAUUGCCUACGCAAACUACCGUAAGCCUUUUUUGUUAAACGACCUAGUGUUGCAGAAGACAUUGUGGGAUAGACGCUUGGUUCUCAGCAUUUUGAACCACGCUGGUGUCGCCACUCCUGACAGACUCGAGAUCAGUAGAGACAAUGGUCCUCAGAUUACGAAAGAGCUCCGUGCGAAAUUGGCGGAAGUUGGUGUUCCGCUGCUGACGAUCGACUCGUGGACUGAUCAGUCCGAGCCUGAUUGGAAAAUGGUCGAUGAAGACACUCUCUGGGUUGACGGAAAGGAAUUGAAAAAGCCAUUUGUGGAAAAGCCUGUAGAUGGCGAAGACCACAAUGUCUACAUAUACUACCCCAAAUCAACCGGCGGAGGUGGUCGUAGAUUGUUCCGUAAGAUCGGUAACAAGUCCUCCGAGUUUGAUCCUUCCUUGAGUACUCCAAGAACCGAAGGCUCUUUCAUUUAUGAGGAAUUCAUGGAUACAGACAACUUCGAAGAUGUGAAAGCAUAUACCGUCGGCACGGACUUCUGUCAUGCAGAGACCAGAAAAUCGCCGGUUGUUGAUGGUAUUGUGCGUAGAAACACCCACGGAAAGGAAAUACGUUUCAUCACAGAAUUGACUGACGAAGAGAAGCUCAUGGCUCGCAACGUCUCCAAAAUAUUCAAACAGACGAUUUGUGGUUUCGAUCUCUUGCGUGUGAACGGAAAGAGUUACGUCAUUGACGUCAAUGGAUUCUCUUUCGUAAAGGAUAAUACCGAGUACUACGAUGCGUGUUCGUCAAUAUUGAGGAAAAUGUUUAUCGAGGCAAAGAAGAGUCGCGAUUUCAUCAAGAACAAGGUUCCAAAAACAUUCCAAAACCAGUCCCAGUUCCAAGAGAAAGAGCAGAAAUGGGUCUUCAAGGGAAGUGUAUCUGUCAUUAGACAUGCCGACAGAACGCCCAAGCAAAAGUUCAAGUACUCGUUUAAAUCGCCUUUGUUUAUCUCGCUUUUGAAGGGCCACAAAGAGGAGGUCAUCAUCCGCGCCGUUCCUGACUUACAGGUUGUCCUUGAAACGGUAAAGAUUGCUGAAGAAAAGCAACUAGAGGAUCUGAAAAAGCUUAAGCAGUUGCGCGGUGCCUUGGAGAAGAAGAUCGAUUUCCCCGGAACGAAGAUCCAGUUGAAACCAUCUUUGAACUCUGAAAACCCGGACGUCGUCGACAAAGUGCAAUUCAUUUUGAAGUGGGGUGGAGAACCUACUCAUUCUGCAAGGUUCCAAGCCUCCGAUGUUGGAGAGCAAAUGGGCCAGAACAUAAAGUUGUUGAGUCGUGAAGCUUUGAAGGACGUGAAAGUGUACACUUCGUCGGAAAGAAGAGUCAUUGCGAGCGCCCAUUUGGCAACAUGUUCUAUGCUCGGUUUGGAGUCUCUCCCUGACGAUUUCCUCAUUAUCCGCAAGGACUUGUUAGACGAUUCAAACGCUGCAAAGGACUUGAUGGACAAGGUCAAGAAGAGAUUGAAGCCUUUGUUGAGACAAGGUGCUGAGGCGCCAUCUCAAUUCACCUGGCCACCACAAAUGCCACAACCGUUCGAAGUGAUCAAGCGUGUUUGCGAGUUGAUGAAUUUCCACAAAGAAAUCAUGGCUUACAAUUUCGAGCACCAAGACGUCAACACAUUCCAAGAAAACUGGUGCUGUGGAGAAGAUCCAAUGUUGUUCAAAGAACGCUGGGAUAAACUUUUCCAAGAGUUUACCACCGUUGAAAAGACACACCCCUCGAAGAUUUCUGAAUUGUACGACACCAUGAAGUAUGACGCUUUACACAACCGGCCCUUCUUGGAAAAGAUCUUUUCAUAUGACCCCGAAAACAAAGACCUCCUCGAGAAGUUGGCAGCCACAUGCGGCGGCACCGUCAACUCAUCCGGCUUGGUUAGCGAAUAUCCAAUUAACAUUUUGGCAAUGAACAACUUCCGUAUCCCAAGCGAGAGCGCACACAAUGUCAAUGCGCCUCACAGCUCGACCUCGAGUCUGAGCAAUUCCGCCAACAAUCUUUCCGCUGGCUCAUUGGGUUGGGUUCUCCAAUCUUCAUUGUCUUCCAAGGAUGGACAUGAAGAAACAGGAGCAAAGAGCAGUUCAGGCACCUCGAAGAAAGCGCCCGAAAACCCAUUCGACCACCCUACAUUCGCCAGACUCCGUGAGUUGUACCGCUUGUCAAAGGUUUUGUUCGAUUUCAUUUGUCCCCAGGAAUAUGGUAUCAAAGACGAGGAGAAACUCGAUAUCGGUCUCUUGACAUCCUUGCCUUUGGCAAAGCAGAUUCUUUCUGACAUUCAUGACAUGAAGAAGAACGACAAUGCCUCGGUGGUCAACUACUUCACCAAGGAAUCCCACAUUUACACUCUCCUCAACGUCAUAUAUGGCGCCCACUUGCCGAUGAAGAUUGCCAGAAACGCCUUGCCGGAACUCGAUUACUUGUCACAGAUUGUGUUUGAGAUUUACGCAGCAGGCGACCCCUCUUCUCCAAACGGCCAGAAGUAUUCUAUUCGACUCUCUUUGUCGCCCGGUUGCCACACCCAGGAUCCUUUGGAUGUGCAUCUUGAUGAUGAUCACUACAUUGGAUGUAUUCCUCGCAUCAGUUUGACUCGCCACUUGGACUUGGACUUGGUGUCUCAGAAACUCAAGUCCAGAUUCAGAAGAGUAUCUUUACCGCAGAAGUUUACUCCCGUCAACAUUUCCAGUCCGUUAACAUCAGCUAUCUAG